AUGAGCAGUAACAACGACGAAGCCCUUGAGGUCGUCUUCGAAGGCGACUUCUCUCACCGUCGCAAAGCCUCCCUCGCGCCCCCCAAUGGUUCUUCGUCGGGUCGUCCUCCCAAUGAUCGCCGGUCGACCGCAUGUAUCGUGCAUUCAUUACUCGAAAAGCACGAUGGCGUCAAGAUGCAGGAUCACGACGCCUCCUACGAGGGCCUUAAGCAAGAGAGACUUGUAGACAAAGACCCUUAUGCACACGCAGAUAACGCACAGCACUCCCGGCUGUUGACCAAGAAGCAAAUAUCGGACAUGGCAUUCGGCAUACGCGAGCUUUCCAAGAAACUCGCGCAGAUACGGCUCAAGCUACACGUCAAGAACAUUUUUAUUCUCGGCAAGGCACACGACGAGACGCUCAUAAAGCAUUCGCGGGAAACUGUAGAUUGGCUCCUGACCAAGAACGAGCGCUACAAAACUUUGGAAGAGAACAAGGCAUUCGAUGCUGCCGGUCUACUUAAGAAGAAUCCAUCAUAUCAAGGGCGAUUAAAGUACUGGACGAAUGAGCUCUGUGCCGAGAAGCCUCAGACGUUUGAUAUAGUCCUUGCGCUCGGCGGCGACGGUACCGUUCUAUACGCAUCGUGGCUCUUCCAGCGCAUUGUGCCGCCCGUUUUAGCCUUCUCCCUUGGCUCCCUUGGCUUCCUCACCAAGUUUGACUUCGACCAAUUCCCUGUAACUUUAUCUCGUGCAUUUGACGAGGGAAUUACCGUAAAUCUCCGCCUCCGCUUCGAAGCCACGGUCAUGCGAUCACAAGAGCGCGAGGGCAAAGGUCGUGACUUGGUCGAAGAAUUGAUAGGCGAGGAGGCUGAGGACAACCACACGCACAAGCCAGAUGGCACGUAUAACAUACUCAACGAGGUAGUUGUAGAUCGCGGGCCGAACCCGACAAUGUCGAGCAUUGAGCUCUUUGGCGACGAUGAGCACUUCACGACGAUUCAAGCAGACGGCAUUUGUGUGUCUACACCGACUGGUAGCACAGCAUACAAUCUUGCAGCAGGAGGCUCCCUGUGCCAUCCGGAUAAUCCGGUCAUUCUUGUCACUGCGAUUUGCGCCCACACAUUAUCCUUCCGACCUAUCAUUCUACCAGACACAAUUGUGCUCCGCGCUGGAGUACCCUACGAUGCGAGAACAAGUUCAUGGGCGAGCUUCGACGGCCGAGAACGAGUCGAGCUUAAGCCUGGCGAUUAUGUGACGAUUAGCGCAUCGCGAUUUCCGUUUCCAAGCGUUCUACCAAUGACAAGGAGGAGGACGGAUUGGAUCGAUAGUAUCUCAAGGACGCUGCAAUGGAAUUCGAGACAAAAACAAAAAGCAUUCAAGGAGUGGGAGUAG